GCAGCUGCAGGUGUGUUCAGCAGGUGAAAGGAAAUUGUUUGUUUUCAUGAAACCUCUAGGUCGCUGCUUCUCCGGAACAAACAGACGAAUGGUGGAAACAUGAACACAGCAGCGACGGGUGCAGAUGAUGCCUUUGACUUCCUCUUUAAGAUCGUACUGAUCGGAGAUUCCAAUAUUGGUAAAACAUGUGUAGUCCACCGUUUCAAAUCUGGAUUAUUCAUUGAGAAACAACAGAAUACUAUUGGUGUCGACUUCAUCGUCAAAACGUUGAAUAUCGAGGGCAAGCGAGUAAAGGUGCAGGUUUGGGACACAGCUGGACAAGAGCGAUUCCGGACCAUUACACAGAGUUACUACCGCAGUGCACAUGGAGCCAUGAUUGCUUAUGACAUCACUAAGCAAUCUUCCUUCAACUCAGUGCCCCACUGGGUGAACGAGAUCCAGAGAUACGGUGCUGCAAACGUUGUCCAGAUGUUAAUUGGAAAUAAAGCUGACCUGAAGGAAAGACGUGAAGUUCCCUUCGAGGAGGCCUGUAACGUGGCCGAGAAGUUUGGGCUAUUGGCCGUACUGGAGACGUCGGCCAAAGACGCGCAGAAUGUUGAUGAAGCCUUUCUGCUGAUGACCCGUGAGCUGCUGGCAAGGAACGGCCUGAACUUGUCCAGUGGGAAUGCUCAAAGCACACUGCACUUAGAUUCCCGGCCUCUGAACACCACCGUGCCCAGUGAAAGAAGCUCCUGCUCCUGCUCCCCACGGUGAGCAGCAGCAGUGACUUCACGUGGGAGCCCAGGUUGGAUUCUGCAGGGUUACAGUAUCCAGAAUGGCCGGCUUCAUCCGCUGGAGCAGAACUGCAGCCAACAGCACUCGGGCUGAUGGUUGGGAUUACAGAUAAAACUGGAGCUACAGUAACAUUGUAAAGUUGCUCCUUCGGCAUUUGGUCAGCUAUGUUUUAUCUUUUAUCAAGACAAUGCAUCUGAUUAAAGCCCAAGACAUUUCUCGGAGUUUUACUGAAAAGCUUCUGGAAAGUAAGAUGCAAGUCUUAAGAAAGCAGCUCACAUUCCACUACACAUGAAUGUGACUCAGG